CCCAACGCACAAGUUUAAUAUGUUACAUAGCAAAGAUAAAAGUAAAAUUAUAGAAGCUUGAUUGAUUUUGGCAGAACUGCAGGCAAAUAGUAUAAAAUACAGUACUUGUCAAAAGUUUGGACACAAAACUUUUUUACACAUCUUUCAAUGUUUUUUGUUUAGUGAUUUAUUUUGUACAUUUUAGAACGGGUUUUCUUAAAGUCAGGACCCUGCCAAACCACACUUUAAACUAGCAAUGCAAUAAUACAAUGUAAUAAAGUGUAUGUUUCCUAUUUUUAAAUAAAAAUGUGUUGUACCCUUCAAUAUUUUGUUAGUUUUGUAGUGUAUUUGCAAAAAAUGAAAUCAAAACUAUUGAAGUGUAUAACACGUUUUUAUUUCAAAGUUCGUUUGUGGCCUGAGAUAAAUAUAAUGUUUCCCUGUUUGAUAUCAUUGUCAUGGCAACAUUAACAGCCUGCAAGCAUAUGGUGUUUAACAACACAGAGUUCGAGGAUUGCCUAACAUAAACUCGUUCAAAAUCAGCGAGGUAGCUAAUGGCUAACCGUUUGCAGUGAGGAUGUCACAAUCCAGAUAUACAAAGGAAGGACUUUUGCUGUGAUCGUCCUGUGACAUCAUGGGCAAGCAAAGAGUGCCAGAUUUGUACCGUGCCCCUUUCCCUCUCUACUCUGUUAAAAUCGAUCCUAAAACUGGACUCAUCAUUGCUGCUGGUGGGGGCGGAGCAUCCAAGACUGGCAUUAAGAAUGCAGUGCAAUUCCUCAGUUUGGAGCUAAUGGGAAGCCAACACAGUGCCACUAUGCUGCACUCUCAUGACACAGGGUCAUGUGCCACCAUGAACAUUGCACUGGGAGGAGAUGUGAUCGCUGCUGGACAAGAUGGCAACUGCCGCAUUAUGCGCUUCAGGCAACAAGACUCUGCGGAAGCAAAAUCAGCAGCUCCAGGGGAUGGAUCUAGGGACCAGAGCAGUGCCAGGAGGAGAGGGGCAAAAAGCAAGAAUGGUGGUGGUGUUGGCGACGCUGUUCCUCAGACGAAGGAUAAAUCUGUUCAGAUAUCAGUGGACAAAGUUGGAGAGGUGCAGUCAGACUUUAGCCCGCAGGACCCGCUGCAGAAGUGUGUACGCUUCAGCUCUGACCUGAAGCUUCUUCUAACAGGAGGAGCCGACGGUUAUGUGAGAGCGUGGGAGUAUCCCUCAUUGAAAGUGAAGUUGAACUUCAAAGCUCACAAAGAGGAAAUAGAAGAUAUAGACAUCAGCCCUGAUAACAAGUGCAUUGUGACAGCAGGGCGUGAUUUCGAGUGUAGUGUAUGGAGUGAUGAUCAGCUCAUGCUAAGUUUACGCUGGCAUGAACACAUGCCCCAUAUUACAGAGAAGAUGUAUCGUUACCUGGCCUGUCGGUUUGCUAAGGUCGAAGACCAAAAAGAUGCAUUAAGGCUGUACACGGUCCAGAUUCCCCACAAACGAGAGCGUAAACCACCACCAUGCUACCUCACAAAAUGGGAUGGCAGGAGUUUCUUGCCUCUGCUAACUAGGCCAUGUGGCAAUGAAGUGAUAUCAUGUUUAAGUGUGAGUGAUACUGGAACCUUCCUCGGUCUCGGUACAGUCACAGGAUCAGUAGCAAUCUAUAUCGCAUUUUCACUGCAGAAGCUGUACUAUGUACAGGAGUCUCACGGCAUUGUGGUGACAGACCUGGCGUUCUUGCCUGAUGCCCCUAAAAGCAAAGCUAUAAAGGGAAAUAAUGAAGUAGCCAUGCUGAGUGUGGCUGUAGACAGUCGCUGUCAGUUGCAUACUGUGGCCAACCGGAGAUCUGUCCCGAUAUGGCUGGUGUUGUUCCUGUGUAUUGCACUGCUCGUGGGUGUCGUCCUGCUCCUGCAGCAUUUCUUCCCAGGGUUCAUUUAAAGUUGAUUCAGAAAACACCAAACCUCUGUCGCCAGCGAGUAUGAAUAGAACACUAUUAAACCAUUAAAUGUAAAAUUUGUUUUAGUCCAUAUUAGUUAUUAUUUUUUAUUUCAUUUUUAUGCCAAUAAUGACAAAGUAUCAUGGA